AUGGCCAUGGAACAGCUUAACCAUUCCACGAGGGAAUAUGACUUGGAUCAUAGAAAUCCCUCUAGCCAAGACGAAGUAAUGGCGAUAUAUGAGUGUCGUAUAUGCAAAAAAACAUUUUAUAACAGCAUAGCCUUACAAAAUCAUACGAGAUUACAUCAUGAUGAUGCUGAUGUCUCAAACAGUGAAACAGAACAAAAAAUUAACGACCCCAGAAACGACCAAAUUUUAGAAAAAUACCCAGAUUUCAAAUUUAUCUCCCUAAAUGAGACAUUCGUCGUCGACAAUAACUUAUCCAAACGUACUUUUAAUGAAGACACAAGCUAUAUCAUAGCGAAGACAGAAGGUGAUGACAUUGCUAUAUCUGCAAAACGAUCUAGACAAGAUGGAGUUCUUAGUAGAACACAAAUGGAAACUCCGAAAGCACCAGUAGAUUUAAGGGGCCCAUUUACCUGUACUCUACCUUCAUCGUAUAGUCCAGAUUUGCAAUGUCACCAAAUUUUCUUCAACUGUUGCGAAUAUUCCCUGCAUUAUCGUGAAAAACAUACGAAGCGACGCAAGGCUGCGUUACGUUGUCAAGUAUGUGAGAAACGGCUAGAUAGAGAUAUUUCCGCUAACACAUUGCCAUCGCAGUUUAAUAUGACUAAUAACAUAUCUUUUCCAUGUCGCUUAUGCGGACAAGUCUUUUUCGAAAGAACUAGAUACGAAGAGCACAAUCGUUUAAUACACGCCAAAUUGAAACCACACCAGUGUUCUAUUUGCUCUAAACGCUUUACGCAGCUGGGAGGGCUACAGCAACACAUGCGAAUGCACACCGGCAUACGUCCGUUUGUAUGUUCGUUUUGUACAAAAGCCUUUACUCAAAAGGCGGGAUUGGAUCAGCAUUUGCGUACACAUACUAAAGUAAAGCCUUUUAAAUGUGUCAUAUGCAGCAAGUGCUUCUCUCAGUCAGUGCACUUACGUCAGCAUAUGCGUACACAUACAAAUAUUCAGCCGUUCGAGUGCCCAGUUUGUGGAAGGAGAUUUAAACAGAGCAGUCACUUAAACUUUCACAUGCGUUCGCAUGUCGGCGUGACAAAUGGGUUAAUGGUAGAACAAUACGACCAAGCUGUAGAGCACCAGGGUCCGAUUGAUUUUCUGAAUUUAACGAAUGAUCAGCCCGGGCAAGAUGCUGAAACCGUCUUCCACAUGCGUUUUCCUGUCGAUGAGACGAAUACGUUGGCGGCUCAAGAGUUCCCCCGUGCCGUAGAGCAGCAGGAUCCUAUUGAUUUUCUAAAUUUGUCGAAUGUUCAGCGAGUACAAGAUGGCGAAAAGACCUACCAGAUGCACUCGAACGUUGACGAGACCAAUAGGUUAAUAGUUGAAGAAUUUACUCAAGGUGUAGAGCAGCAGGAUCCUAUUGAUUUUCUAAAUUUUGCUAAUGUUGAGCCGGUACAAGAUGGCGAAACGAUUUAUUACGCCGCAGAGUUAGAGUCCUUACCGGCUUCGUAUCAAAAUCCUAUGGCUUUAGACCCACAAGUUAUGUUUUUUGAUGAUCAUAUCACUAAGUAGUGGUUUAGUUAGAAUAAUUAAAAAUAUAAUCAUUUUCUAGUAAGUUCUAAAAAUUGUUUUUGCUAAUUUCAUUGUCAACAAAUGUUUUGUAAAAUGAAUAUUGAUUAAUUGAACAAAUUACUCAAGCUGUAGAGCAGCAGGAUCCUAUUCCUAUUGAUUUUCUGAAAUUUGCUAAUGUUGAGCCGG